UAUAAAAUGAUUGAAAAUGAUAAUUGUUCAAAGUUGUAGUUAAACUUAUUCACCCCUUAAAAUAUGCAACAUACUCGUUUUUGUUGAUAAAAUUGAGGGUGAGGCGCUUCGAAUUGAUUAGUGAUCGGUGGGCGCUGGGUUUCAGUCAGUCAGCAGAUUGCGGCAGUUUGGCAUGUAUAGAAGAAACGGCGGAAUAUAUGAGGGAAGCGCACAGGAAAAUUCUGGAAUUCAAGGGACAAAUUCUUCAUCUGGGGUCAAUCACUCUUCACCCUCUCUAAUCGAAUGUCUGCUAAGCUGAAACUAAAAGGGGGAGCGAAAUGAGUAGUGUUACUCAUGAGAGUGCAGAAAUGAGCAAUGGCAUGAAGAACCAAGAGAAUCAUAAACAGCAACUGUCCAGAGAUGUUAUGCUGGGAGAGUUAUGGACAGAUGGACUGCUUUGUGCCUUUGAAUUUGUCCGUGGCCAACUGAAGACAAAUGAAUCAAGAUCCACUUUUAAAAAUCACUCCGCACGACGUUAUGCUGCCAGGGAAACUAAAAAGCCACCACUAUCUAAAUGUCGAGUGAGUUAUUCCUCACCCCAAGAUGUCGACAAGGAUCAGUUUAUAGAACCUUAUUGUACAGAGUCUGGAUAUGUUGACAUCGAGAACCCACAUGGCCAAGGUUAUCAACAAGAUUAUCCUUAUAAUCCCCGAGAAAGGUCUUCUGGUAGUUACUGGAUACCAAUAGGCUGGGCUAGAAUAUCUGAGCUGCUUCAAACAGUGCAUAUUGAUACAGAUUGGGCCUCUCAGCCUGUUGAGCUUACUGAUGAGGAAGAUGAUGUCACUGUAGCAGAUGUUGCAGCUCCAUACUGGGAACGCCCAGUUGGACCAACUUGGUGGUGUCAUGUAGCUGCUGGUCACCCUUUCGUCAACGCAUGGUUGAACAAUGCUCAGUGGCUACAUCCUGCCAUAAGUAUUGCCUUGCGAGAUGAAAGUAAGCUGAUUAGUGAACGUAUGAAGCACCUUCUCUAUGAGGUGCCAGUUAGAGUGGCUGGUGGACUACUAUUUGAGCUCUUGGGGCAGUCAGUUGGUGAUCCUUUUGUUGAAGAAGAUGAUAUACCAGUUGUUUUACGAUCGUGGCAAGCACACAAUUUCUUGUUAACUGCAUUGCAUGUUAAAGGAUCUGCAACAAAUAUCAACGUGUUAGGUAUUGCAGAAGUUCAGGAGCUACUCGCGGCGGGGUCUUGUAAUGUCCCACGAACAAUUCAUGAGGUUGUAGCACUCCUAACUUGUCGCUUGGCCCGGUGGGAUGACAGGUUAUUUCGGAAGUAUAUUUUUGGGGCAGCUGAUGAAGCUGAACUAAAGUUCAUGAACAGGAGAACACAUGAAGAUAUGCACUUGUUCCGUAUAAUUUUGAAUCAAGAAAUUAGAAGGCUUUCAACACAGGUUAUACGAGUAAAAUGGUCUUUACAUGCAAGAGAGGAGAUUGUAGUCGAGCUUCUCCAACAUCUGAGGGGAAAUGCUGCAAGGAGUUUGCUUCAAGGAAUACUAAAAAGUACAAGACAAAUGAUUGAAGAGCAAGAAGCGGUUCGCGGUCGCUUAUUUACAAUUCAGGAUGUCAUGCAGAGUACCGUCCGUGCAUGGUUACAGGAUCAGAGCCUUCGUGUCCAACAUAAUCUAGGUGUAUUUGGAGGCUGUGGACUUGUUCUUUCUAUUAUCACCGGGCUCUUUGGGAUAAAUGUGGAUGGAAUUCCUGGAAAUGGGGGUUCCCCAUAUGCAUUUGCCUUCUUCUCGCUCUCUCUCGUCUUGCUAGGAGCUGUGUUGAUUGCUAUUGGAUUGAUCUAUCUUGGAUUGAAAAAACCAGUCAUCGAGGAGCAGGUCGAGGUUAGAAGACUAGAGUUGCAAGAACUCGUCAAGAUGUUCCAGCACGAAGCUGAAUCGCAUGCUCAGGUUCGAAAGGAUGCUUCAGAAGCUAAGAUGCCAGCCGGUGCUGCAGGCAUAUUAUCAGAUGGAGACAAAUAUGUCUUAAUUAGUUGAUCUAAACAUUUUUUGUCUAAGUACUGCAUCAUGAUGAAAACUUCGGAAAGAUUUUGUAUGUUGUCACUAGUGGUAAAAGGGGAAAAAGAAACACCAUGCUUCUUAACUGUAUUGACAGAUUAGUUUUUACAUAUGUUGCGCGGACUCUUUAAAAGUAA